AUGUAUAUUUCAAUAUUCAUAAUUCAAAUUUUGAAUUCUGCCUAUGCAAGUAUAUAAGAUAUAAAGAUUGUAGCAUUGGAUUGUUCAACAAUAAAAGGGACAGCCUUAAAUAGUUUUGCAUAUAAAACAGAUGGAUCUUUACAAUUUGAGUUUGUAAUACUUACUUCUGGAAAUGUGGAUUUAAUAUUUCCAACAUUUUGGAAUGGUUCACCUUCAAUUUAACCUUUAAUCAUUGGAACCACUACUUGUAGAGAAGUAAAUAUCAUUAAGAUUAUAAAGACUAUAUAAAGUAUAAGGUGUACAUAAGAUAAUAAUAAAUUUACAUGCGGUACUUUAAGAGCAGGUAAUUAAAUAAUAAGAUGUAAUAAUGUGAGGGGACCACACACAAAUAAAUAAAUAGGAAAUUUCAAUAUAUAAUUUGCUUAAUAGUCUUGUGAUAAUAUUCUAAUCAACAAUUUCUAACCUUAUGGCGGUUCAGUUGUAUUUUCAUCUAAUUCAACAACAGAUUUAUUGCCUAAUACUGAUAAAUUGUAAAUGAUAUGGGAAAACAUUGUAUUACCUAUAUCUUUUAGUUCAAAUCCAUAAAUUGAAGUUUAGAUUAUAAAUAAUGGUGAAUUUGUUACAACUUCAACAGUUAAAGGUUAUGUGUCUGCUAGAUCUAUUGGUUUAUUAGAAUAACUUACAGUCAUUAAUCCAAGUUUGAUUAAAGCUUAAAUGCCAUAAUCAAUUGCUGUUAAAGAUGUUUCAAUGAAAUUAUAUAUGGAAUCAUUAAAAGUUAUGGGCAACACUUAAUCCAUUUAAUCAUAAAUAGAUUUUAAGGAUUCUAAUGAUGUAUUACAAUAUUAGAUUCUAUUUCCAACUAUUACAAUUUAGAAUGAUUAAUUAACAGCUAGUUUGAAUAUUGAUUCAACAGAAAUAAAUAGUUAUUCAAAAUAUACUUUUAGUAUAACAAUUAAGAAUGUAUUGAAUUCAGCAGGAUUUGUAAGAAUAGCAUUAACAUAAACAUUAUUAUCAUCUAAUCUAAAAUGUUAUUGUGAUAAUUUAGUAUCUAUUCCAAUUAUUAAUCCAGAUUAUAUUGAUAUUGGUGGAUGUUUGACUACAACUGGUACACAUAAUAUAAUUAUUCAAAAUGUAUUAAAUCCAAAAUCUACUAUUUCAACUAUUUCUAUACCUUAUAUUUAAACUAUGUAGAAUGGUUUUUCAGUUGAUAGAAUGAUAAACUUUCAAUAUAAAUCACCUUCAUUUACACCUGGAACUUUAAGUGUUCAAUAUGAUAGACAAGGAAAUAAUAUGAAUGUAGUUGGAGGUCAUUCUUAUUUCAUUUUAAAAAUUAUACCUAAAAAUAGUAUACCAGCUUAAGGAUUAUUAAAGAUGGAAAUACCUUAAGAGAUUAAAUUUAUUCAUUAAAAUGCAUAAUUUUGUAAUGUGGAUAUUUAUGGUUGUUAAAUUCAUACAAUUUAAGAUUAAGUCAUAAUAUUUAAGUUUUCAUCAUCAAUAGAAGCUUUAUAAUAAUUUAUUAUUAAUUAAAUAUCUAUCCCAAUUAGAAAUCCAUAUGCUACUAGUUAAACUAAUUAUUUUAAAUUUACUACUUAUGAUUAAUUCAAUAAUAUAAUAGACACAAUCUCUAAUAUCUAAGGAUAUUAUGUUAAUACUAGAUCAUCAUUUGAUGGAUUAAUUAUUAUAGAAUCUGAUUAACCAUUCAAAAAUGGAUAAUCCAAUACAUUUUAUUUCACAAUUAAAACAAAGACUCCUCAAUUCUAUCCUAUCCAAAUGACUAUCAAAGUUGGUGAUUUAACAAUUAAUAAUAAUCCAAUAUGUAAAUUAGAAGGAAUUGUAAUUAAAACUUGUACUAAAAUAUCUUCAAAUCAAUUAGAUAUAUAAAUUGAAAGUACUGACUUAAUCUUAUAACCAACUAUUUUGAAGUUAUCUGUUUCAUCUAUCAAAUGUAAAGAUACUAUGACUAAGAGUUAAGAUUUUGAAUUUUCAACUUAAUCUACUAAUGGAUUAAUGAGUUAUCAACAAGGACCAUAUAUAAACAACAUCUUAUUUGGUGACAUUACAUAAACUGAAUUAAAAGUUGAUAAAUAAUAUUAUGGAGCCUAAAAUGCUGCCUAUUAAUUUAAUUUUGUUUUACAAAAUGGAUUAAUUCAAGACAAUCAUUAGAUUCAUAUAUUAUUUCCAUUUAAUCUUCCAUAAUCAGGUUAUUCAUGCAAGGAUACAAACAAUAAUAAAUUAAUGUGUAAUAUCUAAUCAAAUAACAUUAUUGUUUUGACUGGACCAUUUGAUUAAACUUAGUUAUAAUACAAAAUAAUAAUUAAUGGGCUUCCUACUCCUUAAAAUGAAUAAUAACCAAGAACAUUUACUAUUAAAACUUACAGAAGGAUUGAGCAUAUUAAUUAUUUAGUUGAUAGUUCAAUUAAUGGAGCAUUUUAAUUUAAUAUAUAUUGUCCAUAAUUAAAUAAUUGUAAAACAUGUAAGAUUAUUGAUUAUGAUAAUAUAUAAUGUGAGACUUGUUAUAUUUCAAUGAUAUCAAAAUUUAUUUAUAUGAAAUCAAAUGUAUGUGUUGAUUAAUGUGGAGAUGGAUAUUAUUAAAAUGAUUAAGAAUUUUCAUGUUAAUAAUGUCCUAAUAAUUGUUAAAGUUGUUAACCCAUAAAUAAUAUACUAAUAUGUGAUAAAUGUUUUGAUAAUUAUAAAUAUUAAGAUGGUAUUUGUGUUGAUACUUGUGGUGAAACAUAUUAUUUACCAUUUACAUCUAAUAAUAAAUGUGAAAAAUGUGAUAAUGAAUGUUUAUUAUGUUCAAUGAAUUCAUCUUAUUGUUCAAAAUGUUAAGCAAAUAUUCCAAUAAAAGAUAAUAAAUGUUAUAAAAAUGGAUGUUUAUAAGGAUAUUAUUAGAUAUACAAUUCAAAUUAAAUUUUAGUAUGUGAAUUAUGUCCAUCUACAUGUAUAAGUUGUAAUUAUUAUAAUUAAUGUACUUAAUGUUAACCUGGAUAAUAUUAAUUAUAAGGUACAUGUAGAUCAGAUUGUCCUCUUGGAUAUUUUAUAAAUGAAUAACAAAUGUAAUGUUAAUAAUGUGUUUCAGGAUGUAAUUAAUGUUCAAAUGAUACUACAUGUGUUAAAUGUUUAGAUGGAUAUCUAUUAAAAUAAUAAUAAUGUGUAUUAACAUGUGGAGAAUAGUAUUAUAUUGAUAUUGCUUAAACUUCUUGUUUAAAAUGUAAUUAAUAUUGUAAAACAUGUGAAUUAUAAAAUGGAAUAUAAUUAUGUACAUCUUGUAUUGAUUAAUAUUUCUUUCAUAAUUUUACUUGUGUUUAAUAAUGUGAAUCUAAUUAUUAUGAUCUAAAUAAUGAAUGUUUUUAAUGUUCAUCAAAUUGUUUAACUUGUGCUGGUAAUCCAAAUACUUGUACAUCAUGUUUAAUUUAAGGAGACAUACCAUAAUUUCUAGAUGGAACUAUUUGUGUCUCAAAAUGUUAAGAUACUUAUUUUGCUGAUAUUACAAGUGGAAAAUGUAUAUAAUGUCCAAAUACUUGUACUAAAUGUACAUCAUUAACAAAUUGCACUUAAUGUAAUUAAACAUUUAUACCACAUUACUUGAUAUAAGGUGCUUGCAAAUAAGAAUGUCCAAAUAAUUAUUAACCUAUUGGAUUACUUUGUGAAUUGAUACCAGAAAAACUUAUAAUCAACCAUGAAUCUAAUAGAUAUUUACCAAUUCCACAUGUGAUAUUAUUUGCAUUUUUUACUAUCUCUGUGUUAUUGUCUAAACAAUUUAAAAAUGAGACUUAUAUGCCAGGUUCAAUUAUAGGAUUAAGUACUCCCUUAAUAUGGUCAUCUUGGUUAACUGUAUUAUUUUUAUUAUUUAAUUAUUAUGAAUUCAAAUAGUUAUAUUACUUUUGGAUAAUAAUAAGUAGUUUGGCAUUAAAUUAUUUAUUCAACAUUUUACAUUUAAUUUUGAUUUAUUAGAAGAUUUGGAAUGAUCAUGAUUUCCUAAGAUGGUAAUCUUCAUCAUUGAAAAAUAAAGUUACUAAUUUUAUUUUACUUUCUUUAUCUAUACUUAUUUCAUAUCCACUAUACAAAUUAAUAAUGAGUCGUUAUUUUGGUUUUUCGUUUUUCAAAGCUAAAAUAGUAAAUAUUAAACCCUUUUUUUACUUUAAUUGUCUUAAUGUACUUUACAUAACAUUUGUUAAUAUACCAAUUAUUAUUAGUUGUAUAUUUAUUGCUUAUUAUGAAUCUUCACAUAAUAUUACAUAAACAUUUAUAAGUGCCAUAGAUUCUAUUGUUGUUACUUUUACUAAUAUUUUAUUAUUAAUUUGGGAAACUUAGAAAACUGAAUAAUUUUUUGAUGAAUUCAACUAAAAUUAUUAUUUUAAUGAAUCAUAAUAACAUUUACAAAAACAUGAAAUUUCUGGUUAUUUUCAACAUCCUUUUGAAUAGAAAUCCUAAGCAGAAUAAAAGAUUGAUAUGUCAGAUCUAGAUGCAUAGGUAGUCAAUUAAGAAAAUGAUAUAACCAAAUAAAAAUCAUAAGAAUAAUCUUGUAAUAUAAAUGGUAUUAGUAUAAUACUAAGUGAUAAAAAUUCAAAUCCUGUAUUUCAAUAAGAAAGUGAUAGAUCCAAUUAAUUUCCUUAAAAGUAAAUAGUUCCCUCCAAUCUAAAACAUACUAUAUACUAUAAAAAUGUAUAGAAUAAUUAAUUUGAGAAUCCUGAUGAUGAACCUCCUUAUGCAUCUCAAAAUAUCAGUUCAAUAUAGUCCCAAUCAAGUUAACAUUAUUAAAAUUCUUUCAAUGAUCAAAGUCAAUAUCCUUUAAGUUUAAUUUAAAAUUCAGAAGAACCAAAUGAAAAUAGUUAAUUAUCCAUAUUUUAUGAAGAGAAGAACAAAGGAUCAUCAAAGAAAUAGAAAACUAUUUAAUAAUAAUAGAUAGAAACUAAUACUCCUGAUCAUUAUAAUAUGAUUACUAAAUUUAAAAAUGAUAAUAAUGAGAAUGAUCCUCAAUAAAUUAAUUAAUAAGUUGAAAAAUCAGUAAGUUCUUGUAAAAAGACCUAAAAAUAAUUAAAAAAUAAUUAAAGAGAAACCAAUCUAUUAUCAAAUCGUUAAUCAUCUAGAAUAGAAAUAACAUAAGUUUAAUAAUUAGCUAAAUCUGCUUAAUUUUGUAAUGAAAGUAAAAAAGAAUUAUCAUCAAAUAAGAGUGGAUAAUCUUUAAGUACCUAGACUAAUAAAGUCUAAUAUAAAUAAUAAAUAGUAAAUUAAGAAUAACCAUUAUGUUAAUCAUAAAUAUAUUAAUAUUCAAAUAUGGAUAAAUAAUAAUAAUAAUAAUAAUAAUAAUAAUAAUAAUAAUAAUAAUAAUAAUAAUCAAAUAGUUCAUAAGGAAAUAAUAUAAAUUAAUAAAUAAUUGAUAAUUCUAAUCAAUUUAUAUAAAAAACAAAUAAUUUAAAAUAAUCUUAGCAUUAAAAUAAUUAAGAAGAUGUUACUAAUGAUUAUUAAUUAUAAUUAAAAAAAGUACAAGAUUAAUAACCAUAAUUUAAUACUGAAGGAUCAAAUGAUUAGAGUAGAAUAUAAAUUUUAAUGGAUAGUAGAGUUAUUGAAGAAGAUUAAAAUAUAUUUUAAGAUUAGAUUCUAAUACAAUAAAAUAAACCUUAAAAAAUUAAAGUAAAAAUCAGAUAAUAGAAUUUAAAGAAUGAGUAAGACAAAAUUGAAAGGGAAUCUGAAAUAAGAGAUAUAUUUGAUUCAAAUGAUUCUAUUAAUACAAUGUCUGAUCAAGAUUGGGGAGAAUAUCAAAUAUCACCUUCAGAAUUCAAUUCACUUAAUUAAAGAUUUGAAAAUGAAUAAGAAUUAGAUUUAUAAAUUCAUAUACCUAGUUAUAGUAAAACACAAUAGAAUUACAAAUAAAAUAAAUUAACUCCUUUAAAUUUGGAAUUUGUAGAUGAGAACAAUGAUUAAUAAUUUUAAGUCGAUAUUACAAGAAACCUUUAAAUAUAAAGAGAAACAAAAAAACAAUAAUUGUAGAAAGUAUAUCUCUAAAAAUUUUAGAAAAAUGAGAAAGUUGCAUAUAGAUCAAAUAAAUGUGAAUUCAAGAAGAAAAAUACUAUAAAAAAUCAUCCAAAAGAUAUAUCAGAUGCAUAUAUUGAUGAUUAGAUAGAUGUUGAAGAUAUCAACUUUUGA